GAGAGUACCUAGAGAGCGCGCUCCCGAGCCUCGCGUCCGCUCCCGAGCAUCUGCAGCGUGCGCGCGCUUUACGCUUUUACAGACCAGUCAAAGAGACAUGGACGUUCAGUUACAGUAAUAAUCAUCAUCAUUAACAACAUUAUCUUCAUCAUCAUCAGCUUCAUCUUCAUCGCUGCGAAAAGCUGCCUCGAGGAUCGCAGGAGGAAAAACAUGGCGCGCGGCGCGGAUGGGAUGAGAGCACGGUGAGCGCGAGACGGAGAGAUCCGGCAGGUGUGUACCGAGUGUGAUGGCAUUUGCACUGUAAAAAAAAAGGCGGAGCUUCCCCAACCAAUGGCAUCAUCCAUACAAAAACCACCUGGCUGAGGGGCGGAGCUUAACAUAUACCUGUGUGUGUGUGUGUGUAAGGCGGGUGAGGAAGAACAUGGUGUGUGUGUGUGCGUGAGAGACUGAUAGGCUGUUUAUGUGUGUGUGAGUGUGAGUGUGUGUGUGUGAGUGUGUGUGAGACCAUGUGGUACACACACCUGCUCUGGCGACCUCUGACCUUCGCCUUGGUUUCAUGGUUGCCAUGGUGGUACAGCUCCAUGGCGACGGCCGUGACCUUCCAGCCUACAGUGAACACUGCUCAGGGUCGUCUGCGCGGGAUGCGUGUUGCCGUGGCGACAGAAGGGCUCCGCCCCGUGGACCAGUACCUGGGCGUACCUUUUGCAGCCCCGCCCACCGGAGUGCGGAGAUUUGCCGUCCCAGAACCCCCCGCGGCGUGGGGAGGCGUGCGGAACGCCACACGCUUUGCUCCUGUGUGUCCUCAGAGCGCCCGCGGCAACGUGCAUGACAUCACCGCGCCUGUGUGGGCGACCUUUAACCUCGACACCAUGGCAACAUACCUGCAGGAGCAGAGUGAAGACUGUCUCUACCUCAACCUGUACGUCCCCACACGGGAGAGGAGCGGGCCGAAGAGGGCGGGUGAGGAGGCGGAGGACGACGUCUUGCGUGAUGCACGUGAGGACCCGUGGCCUGUGAUGUUGUUUAUUCACGGCGGCUCGUACAUGGACGGAACGGGAAACAUCAUGGAUGGCAGUGUGUUAGCAAGCUACGGAAAUGUCAUCGUCAUCACACUCAACUACAGGAUAGGAGUGUUGGGAUUCCUGAGCACUGGCGAUCAGGCUGCUAAAGGAAAUUAUGGGCUGUUGGAUCAAAUUCAGGCCCUGCGAUGGAUCAAUAAGAAUAUUGGAUAUUUCGGAGGAGAUCCGGGUCGGGUCACAGUGUUCGGAUCUGGAAUUGGAGCAUCUUGUGUCAGUUUGCUUACAUUGUCUCAUCACUCAGAGGGACUGUUCCACAGAGCGAUUAUUCAGAGUGGAUCUGCGUUGUCCAGCUGGUCGGUGAAUUAUCAGCCGGUGAAAUACACACGCAUGUUGGCCGAGCGAGUGGGCUGUAACGUGCUCGACACACAUGACUUGGUGCUGUGUAUGCAGAAGCGGAGUUACAGGGAGCUGGUGGAGCAGGACAUCCAGCCGGCUCGCUUCCACGUCGCGUUUGGGCCGGUGAUUGACGGUGACCUCAUUCCUGACGACCCGGAAGUGCUAAUGGAGCAGGGCGAGUUCCUCAACUACGACAUCAUGCUGGGUGUCAACCAGGGGGAGGGACUUCGCUUUGUAGAGGGAGUGGUUGAGCCAGAGGAGGGCGGGGUUUCCGGAUCCGAUUUUGACUUUGCUGUUUCCGACUUCGUGGACGGUCUCUAUGGUUACCCAGAAGGCAAGGACACACUGCGCGAGACGAUAAAGUUCAUGUACACGGACUGGGCGGAUCGCGACAAUCCCGAAACCCGACGCAAAACGCUCGUCGCCAUGUUUACGGAUCACCAGUGGGUGGAGCCUGCUAUGGUCACAGCUGAUUUGCACGCACGUUAUGGUUCUCCGACGUUCUUUUAUGCAUUUUAUCACCACUGCCAGAGUCCGAUGAAGCCAGCGUGGGCUGACUCCGCCCAUGGAGACGAGAUUCCUUACGUGUUUGGAAUUCCGCUCGUCGGACCCACUGAACUUUUCCCUUGCAAUUUUUCACGCAAUGACAUCAUGCUGAGUGCCGUAGUCAUGACGUAUUGGACCAACUUUGCCAAGACUGGAGACCCGAAUAAACCCGUCCCUCAGGACACAAAGUUCAUCCACACGAAAGCGAACCGGUUUGAGGAGGUGUCGUGGUCGAAGUACAGUCCUGAGGAUCAGCUCUACCUGCACAUCGGCCUCAAACCGCGGGUACGAGAUCAUUACCGCGCCACUAAAGUCGCUUUCUGGAAGCACCUGGUUCCUCACCUGUACAACCUAAACGACAUGUUCCACUACACCUCCACCACCACCACACGGGCCCCACCCCCUCCUGCGCAGGCCACUCCUACUGGACCACGCCCCCCCAGACGCCCUGGCCCACUGGUCAUCGCUAAUCCUCGCGAUUAUUCCACCGAGCUCAGCGUCACCAUCGCCGUUGGCGCGUCACUGCUUUUCCUCAACGUCCUGGCAUUCGCCGCCCUCUAUUACCGCAAAGAUAAACGCAGCCGACAGGCCACGCCCCCUCCACGUCAGCCGACGCCACCCCGUCACCAGGCCGUGCCCGUUUCCUGCGAGAAAGAUGCAAGAUCAUCCCAGAGGGAUUACACGCUCACGCUACGCCGCUCGCCGGACGACGUCCCACUCAUGUCGCCCGACUCGGUUGCCAUGACGCCCAACAGCUUGACCAUGACUCCGGACUCUGUUUCCAUGACGCCAAGCUCACUGAUGGGAUUUCCCAGCAUGCAUCCCUACAACACCUUUACACACGGAUACAACAACGCCGGCCUGCCGCACACACACUCCACAACCAGAGUAUAACAACACACACUAGAACUGGUUCAAACCCGUUUCAGCAGCUAAACACACACACACACACACACACACACACCAGUUUAUGGUUUAACCAGUUCAAACCACCUAGGUACAAUUCCAUCCAAAAUAUUGAAAAAUAAAAUGUACAAAAUAACUUAAGUGCCAAGAUGGAGGAUAAACGCAUCACUGAACCGUGACAUCAGCGUAGAUUAGCCGUAGAAAUGCUUUCUUACAUCGUAUUACUUAUUUAUCGUGUUUUCACACACAGUGUGGUGCAGAGUAUACACACAAUAUCUUAUGGAAUGUUUUUGUCUACAUUUUAUACAUAUUUACAAUUAUUCUAAUUAUGCUAAGCUACCUAAUUAGUUAUACUUCUCUAAAAACACAAUUUUCUACCAAUGUUGCUAACAAAGCUAGCUAGCACUGUUAUUGACCUGUUCUUUAGACGUUCUUUUGGUCUUGGUGAUGCUUAUUAAUUUGUGUGUGAGAGUUAGCAGUGGGUUUGGGAGAGCGCCCCCUGUAGGUUAAUGUGCUGUUAAAACCAGUAAUCAUUUUGUUGAUUCAGUAAUCAACUUGCUAAACUGUGUUUGUUACGCUUUCCUAAAAACAUUUUCUUAGCAAAGUUGAAGACAGAGUCAGCUAACUAACCUUUAUUUUCUUACACUGUCAUAUUUCGUCAUUGUUUUCCACACAUUCAGCUUCAGGUGGUCUUCAUUCAGUCCUCUGUGAGUUAGCAGUAACACCAGAAGAGCGCCCCCUGCAGGUUCUACACUUCAAACUGCCAGAAUAAACCCUGAGUGUGACCCGACCUCCACCAACACCACCCAGCACCUUGCUGGCACGUUCUGCCUGUGUGUGGUUGUAAGAAAGUUUUAUAAUAUUUAUUUAACUUGGCAGUUCUUUUACUAAACGUUAAAUACACGGAUGACAGAGCGCUGGUUCUUGGUGUGAAUGGUGGGAUGUUUGGAGAUGGUUUCUUCUUGUCAGAGCUUUAUUGCUAAACACUUUUGCUUUAUCUUUACUUAAAAACAGGAAUUGUCCAUUUGAUGAUGGAGAAUGUUGGUGGUUUAAUGGAGAAUGUUGGUGUUUAAUGGAGAAUGUUGGUGUUUAAUGGAGAAUGUUGGAGGUUUAAUGGAGAAUGUUGGUGUUUUAAUGGAGAAUGUUGGUGUGUGAUGGAGAAUGUUGGUGGUUUAAUGGAGAAUGUUGGUGUUUAAUGGAGAAUGUUGGUGGUUUAAUGGAGAAUGUUGGUGGUUUAAUGGAGAAUGUUGGUGGUUUAAUGGAGAAUGUUGGUGUUUAAUGGAGAAUGUUGGUGGUUUAAUGGAGAAUGUUGGUGUUUAAUGGAGAAUGUUGGUGGUUUAAUGGAGAAUGUUGGUGUUUUAAUGGAGAAUGUUGGUGGUUUAAUGGAGAAUGUUGGUGUUUAAUGGAGAAUGUUGGUGUUUAAUGGAGAAUGUUGGUGUUUUAAUGGAGAAUGUUGGUGGUUUAAUGGAGAAUGUUGGUGGUUUAAUGGAGAAUGUUGGUGUUUAAUGGGGAAUGUUGGUGUGUGAUUGAGAAUGUUGGCGUUUAAUGGAGAAUGUUGGUGUUUAAUGGAGAAUGUUGGUGUGUGAUGGAGAAUGUUGGAGUUAUAAUGGAGAUUGUUGGUGUUUUAAUGGAGAAUGUUGGUGUUUAAUGGAGAAUGUUGGUGUAUGAUGGAGAAUGUUGGCGCUUUUCCCCACCAGUCACAUCCGUCUUCUUUUCUUCUUUCUCUGCUCAGUACGUAAGAAACAUCGGUGUAAAUUAUGAUUGGUUAAUACAGUUCAGAACACAUGCUAAUACACGCAAACACACUUUAACAUGCUAACACACUUUAACAUGCUAACACUCUCUUUUUGAAUGUAAAUGACUAAGAAUUGUAGAACUGUAGCUGCUCCAUCUGAUGUGUGAAGUUCUGAUUGGUUUAGGGUAAGCUGAGGGGCGGAGCUAGCACUCAUAGCUUUAAUUAUAAUCUCAUGCAUAAUUAUUUAUUCAUUACUGCAUAUUUUAUGUGCUUUAGAUUAAGGUGAUAUUUGUAUUUAUUUAAAACACAAGACACACACACAACAGACACACAACAGACACACACACACACACACACACACACACACACACACACAGGAUUUCUGGCUUUCACUCUGGCGUCACAUGUGACCCUGCUGCAGUGCCUCAUGUGGACUGUAGGAGGCGCUCAGAGAUCAAACGCUUCAUUUUAUAGACAAUCAAACAGAAAAAAAACAAAAACAAAACAGAGAACCGGAGCUGCCAAAACUCUCCAGUCCACUGAGACAGUAAUAAUAAUAAAUAAUAAUUAAUAAUAAUAAUGUGUGUAAUAGGAGUAAUAAUUCUGUGUGUACUUUAUUAUAUACGUAAGAAGUUUCUGUUUGUUUUCUCUCUCUGACUAUUUUCACACAAAACGGAUGUUAAAAACUUGCUUUAAAGUAAUAGAUGCUGUAGGGAUUUUCUUUUUAUUUAUUACAAAUUAUUAAUGUAAAGUGGGUAUGUGUGUGUGUGUGUGUGUGUGUGUGAUGUCCAUCCAGACUGAAGGUUUACACACACUCAUGGUAUUUCUGAGCUCAGUGAUAUUUGAGUCAUUCUGAUUGAGUCGUAUCUUUAACACCUGAGCUAGCGUUAUAGUAUACAUGCUAAAACAUGGGCUAGUAUUAUCGUAAACAAGCUAACGUUACCUAGCAUUACAGCAAAUAUGCUAAGUCUCCAACUAGCAUUAUAGGAAACAGGCUAACAUGAACUAGCUUAAAUACAGCACGGGUUAAAGGCAAUAAAAUGAGACAUGAGCUAAUUCAUCAAAAGUUAUUAACGCAGUGUUCAUUAUUUACUUGCUACUACUCCAUAGGAGUGUGUGUGUGUGUGCGUGUGUGUGUGUGUGUGUGAGAGAGAGAGAGAGAUAUAUAUCUUUAGUUCCAGCAUUUCUAGCUCAUUGUGUCUUUCUAAAUGCCAGACUGAUAAAUUCUCAUUUAUUAUGUUAAUAUUUCAAUCUGAAAUGUUCCUGAUUUGGUUUAUGUGAGAAAACGUCCUUUAACAAUAUUUAAGAUGUUUCAGAUGUUUAAGAUAUUUAACUAGUUUCCUGUCGCAGGCUUUGCGUUUUACAGGACAAAAUUUUUACAAAAGAAACAUGAAUGUGUGAAUAUAUAAUCAUUAUAGGGCUUCUACAGCAGUGUGUGUGUGUGAGUGUGUGUGUGUGUGAGUGUGUGUGAGUGUGUGUGUGAGAGCGCACAACCCAAAACUGUUUUUAUUUCAUCUGUUAUAUUUCUCCCGGCGCUCAUUCUGGACUUUUGUCUUCUCGUUGUAUUUCUCGCUCGCAGUUUCCAAAAACCCAAACAGACGAGUAAACUAGUUCACAUUAAAUACGCUAUUCCCUCCAGCGUCGUCUCGUGAUCUUGGCUCCGCCCCCUGUGAAGAAGAUGUUUGAGAUGACCGUUUGCAGCUGUAGCUCGAUGGAUAUCGUGGUUAUUCCUCACAUGGCUGAACUCCGGCUGUGUCUCUGUGUUGAGUUGAUGGACUUUGUGGACUAGCGUGUGAUCUCUGAUGAAAUAAAAACACUUCUGUGUAGUGCACUCACACUUUGCCACUCUGAUGCUUGUACAUAAUGGUUUUAUUGGAAUAAGCUAUGCUAGCAGUGACAUCAUCAAACCACGCCGCUAGUUAUCCCCAUCGCUAACCUCCGUUUUUCUUUCGAAGCAAUGGACAUGAAUGUUGUGCCAAAUUUCUACAUGACUUUCUCUCUGAACCAGCAGAAUGAUUGUCUCUCUGUGUGACUGUAAAUACUGAACGCCUUUUUAAACAAUGUACACUGAUUUAUUUUCUCUCUCUCUCUCUUUCUUUCUCUCUCUGUCUCUCUUUGUUUCUCUCUCUCUCUCUCUCUCUCUCUCUCUCUCUGUCUCUCUCUCUCCUUUUAUACUCUGUCCACACGCCGAUCCUCAGAUUUGCAGUAAAUAUUCAGUUUGCUUAAA